GCGUUCAUCAGCAAGUGGGCUGUACUUUUUCUGAACGAAGUCCCAGAGAGUAGAGGCUAUUUAAAAUAAACUUUCUUUGUACUUUACAGAAGGGGAGAUGGGGCCUGUUUUGGGCUCCCUUGCGGCCCUGGUGCUGUUGCCAGUUUUGGUGUUCCCUUCUGGAACAUGGAGCCUCAAUCCAGACGACCCCAACGUGUGCAGCCACUGGGAGAGCUAUGCAGUGACUGUACAGGAAUCCUAUGCUCACCCUUUCGACCAGAUCUACUACACCAGAUGCACCGACAUUCUCAACUGGUUCAAGUGCACCAGGCACAGGAUCAGCUAUAAGACUGCGUACCGGCGGGGCGUGAGGACCAUGUACAGGCGGCGCUCGCAGUGUUGCCCGGGGUACAUCGAGAGUGGAGACCUGUGUGUCCCUCUCUGUACAGAGGAGUGUGCUCAUGGCCGCUGCGUGUCUCCUGACACCUGCCAGUGUGAACCCGGCUGGGGAGGACUGGACUGCUCCAGUGGUUGCCAGAGCGACUACUGGGGCGCCCACUGCAGUAACCGGUGCCAGUGCCAGAACGGGGCACUGUGUAACCCCAUCACAGGGGCCUGCGUCUGCACCGACGGCUACCAGGGCUGGCGCUGCGAGGAGCCCUGCGACCCGGGCCACUACGGCAAGGCCUGCCAGCAGCACUGCCAGUGCCUCAACGGCGCCACCUGCCACCACCAGACCGGGGAGUGCCUCUGUGCGCCCGGCUACACCGGAGUCUACUGUGAGCAGCGCUGUCCUGCUGGGAGUCACGGGCCGCAGUGUGAGCAGCGCUGCCCCUGUCAGAACGGAGGGGUGUGUCACCACAUCACCGGAGACUGCGCCUGCCCCCCCGGCUGGAUGGGUUCGGUGUGUGCCCAGCCUUGCCCCUUUGGCAAGUUUGGCAUCAACUGCAGCCAGGAGUGCCCGUGCCGGAACAGUGGGCUCUGUGACCACAUCAGCGGCCAGUGCCAGUGUGCGGCAGGAUACACCGGGGAGAGGUGCCAGGGGGAGUGUCCAGUUGGCAGCUAUGGCCCGCAGUGCGCAAAAAAAUGUGACUGCCAGAACGGCGCGACAUGUUACCACGUCAACGGGGCCUGCGUGUGUGACACAGGCUUCAAAGGUCCCAACUGCCAGGACCGGUUCUGCCCAAAUGGGCUGUAUGGCCUCAUCUGUGAUAAAUACUGCCCCUGUAAUGCCAGCAACACCCUCAGCUGCCACCCCCUGUCAGGCGAGUGCACCUGUACAGCAGGCUGGGCGGGGCUCUACUGCAACGACACCUGCCCUUCUGGUUACUACGGCGACAGCUGCAGCCAGCCCUGCAAUUGCGCCAACAGGGCGGACUGCGACACCUUCACCGGAGCCUGCAUCUGCGCCCCGGGGUUCAUGGGAGAACACUGCUCUCUGAUUUGCCCUCCGGGAUUAUACGGGACAAACUGCUCCAGCACUUGCGUCUGCCAGAAUGACAUUGGGUGCUCCCCAAACGAUGGAUCCUGCAUCUGCAGAGAAGGCUGGCAGGGUGUGGACUGCAGCGUGCCAUGCUCCAGUGGAUUUUGGGGUUUGGGGUGUAACCAGUCCUGUGCCUGUGCCAACGAGGCAGCCUGUGACCCCGUGGACGGGUCCUGCACCUGCUCCUCUGGGUGGAGGGGUGAACUCUGUGACGCCUCCUGUCCUGAUGGCACUUAUGGGCUGGAGUGUGAGCAGCACUGUGACUGUAACCAUGCCGAUGGCUGUGACCCUGUGGGCGGGCACUGCCGCUGCCUCACUGGCUGGACAGGGGUCCACUGUGACAGCGUGUGCGCCCAGGGCCACUGGGGCCCCAACUGCUCCAUGACCUGCACCUGUGAGAACGGGGGCUCCUGCUCCCCGGAGGACGGCACCUGUGUGUGCGCCCCUGGAUACCGCGGGACCUCCUGCAAGAGGAGCUGCUCUCCAGGGUUGUACGGGCAGCGCUGCAGUCUGUCGUGCCCACAGUGUGUCCACAGCAUGGGGCCGUGUCACCACAUCUCCGGCCACUGCGAGUGCCUGCCGGGAUACUUCGGCUCUCUGUGCAAUCAGGUGUGUCCCAGUGGCAGGUUUGGGAAAGCCUGUGCGGAGGUGUGCCUCUGCACCAAUAACGGCACCUGCAGCCCCAUCGACGGCUCCUGCCAGUGCCUCUCCGGCUGGAUCGGGGAAGACUGCUCCCAGGCUUGUCCCUCGGGGUACUGGGGCCCUGACUGCAUCCACAGCUGUAACUGUCACAAUGGAGCCCAGUGCAGCGCCACAGACGGGGAGUGCAGGUGCAGCGCAGGCUGGACUGGACUGUACUGCACUCAGCGCUGUCCCUCGGGGUUCUAUGGGCAGGACUGUCUGGAGGUGUGUCACUGCCAGAACGGAGCGGACUGUGACCACAUUAACGGGCAGUGCGCCUGCCGCACGGGCUUCAUCGGGUACAGCUGUGAGCUGAAAUGCCCGUCUGGGACGUUCGGUUAUGGCUGCCAGCAGCUGUGUGAGUGCUUGAAUAACGCCACCUGUGACUAUGUGACAGGCACCUGCUACUGCAGCCCUGGGUACAAAGGCAUCCGCUGUGACCAGGCGGCCCUGAUGAUGGACGAGCUGAACCCGUACACUAAAAUCAGCCCGGCGCUGGUGUCGGAGAGGCAGUCUGCGGGCGCGGUGAUGGGCAUCAUCUUCCUCCUGCUGCUGAUCAUGGCCAUGCUGAGCCUGUUCGUCUGGCACCGGCAGAGACAGAGCGAGAAGAACCACGACAUGCCCAGCGUGUCCUAUACGCCUGCCCUGGGCAUCUCCAGCACAGACUACAGCCUGUCCGAUGCUUCUCAGACCAGUGUCAAUCCCAGUGGCCACUGCUUCUCCAACCCUAGCUACCACACACUGGGUCAAUGCAGCGUCACCCAGUGCCAUGGCAACAGCCUUGAUGGACAGUCCACCCUGAAGCCCAAGAGCAAGAAGGGAGACCGGAGCAGUGCGGAGUGGAGGGCCUACUGCAACCUCAAAGACCUGGAGCCCACCGUCAAUGUGAUGCAGGGCACGGCCGGGAUCCUGACCACGUUCUCCCAGGGUCCCUACGACCUGCCACGGAACAGCCACAUCCCCAGCCACUACGACCUGGUGCCCGUCCGCCUGAGUCCCAGCCACAGAACGCCCCCCCCAGACAGCCCCCCCGGCUCGCUCCUGUAGGGGGCGUGGUGGGCGGGACCGAACUGCCGAGCCCCGCCCUGCCUGCCCCACCAAGC